CACCCCUUGAAGAAGAUGUAGAUCCAUAACCUGCCAUAACAUAGUUAGGUUAGUUUUUGGGAAAUCCUGCAAUUGCUUGCUUAUUUAAUGUUUUGAGUUUGGUAAAAAUUUCCAGUUCGUUUUUUCUCCUGCUAAUAUUAGGAAUGGCCGCUCAGAUAACGACUUGUGUGCUUUGUAACGACGACCAGCCGCUUGAUGAAUUCCACAUCAGAACCUCAGAGCAUAUAUUUAACCAGUUGCUGGACACAUUUCAAAAGAGAGUAAAAUCGCACCGCAGUUCAAGGAACGGAAUCGAACUUAAAGUUGAAGUACAGCAGCGAAAUGGCUUUGUGCUGGAUUUCUCUCAAACUCCUGAUAACAAAGGCAAUCAUAUCUUAAAUAUUACUCCUGAAGCAUUUCAACGACAUAAUAAUAAAUUGGAUUUUUUAUGCACGGUAAAAAAUGGCCGAACCAGACGAGGCGACGAUAUCCUGAUUACUUCGGGCGGUAUUCUGCAUCCAUUUCCCCAUUAUUCCUUCAAAGAUCCGAACGGAAUCGUCGGACAACAGCGGUUCGUCCAACUUGGAGCUGGUGAAAGUUACCAAUUAAUCGUCAGCUUUGAACUAGCCGAAACAGCCGUCAGUAAUUUCAAAAUUCCAUUCUACAUCAGUUUUCAAACUUUCAAUCAAACAAAAGCCAUGAAGGGCUUUUCUAUAUGCCGGGCAAUUAUUGUGUCGAUUCAUAACAAUAUUGCAGAAGACAUUGUAGAAAUAGGGAAAAGUCCGUUCACACACAACAAAUGGGAAGACGUAAGCGUAAUACCAGCAACCACAAAUUUCGCUGCAAUGAGGCCAGACGAAUUUCCUAUUCCAAAAAAAUACUUCAGGACAAUGAUAUAUGGCCUGCGAAGAGAUUUUCAGGACGGCAUUCUUGGUGAGCUCCUACAUAAGCUGAAUCCCGACUAUGUGACACGAGAAAAUUAUUGCGACUUUUUCCACAUCCUAUUGUGGCUUGAAGAAACCUCUUGCAUAUUAGGCAUUAGUUGCUAUAACAUGGAGGACGUCAGGCUAAGAUGCAUCACAAGCAAAGUCCUAGAACUGAAGGUGCCAGGUUUAGCUGAAAAGCGCCCUUCAGUACUAAAAGGCGACUGCAUUCAGCUGAAAGUGCAGGGAGAUCAUCAGGCAUAUGAAGGAAUAAUUCGAAAUGUAACUGAUUCAACUGUUGAAAUAGACGGAGUCUUUAAAGGCCUUGUAGACACAGUGGCUGAGGAUCCGGAAACUAAUAUCGAUGUCCGGUUCAUGUUGAGACGAAUCCAAUUUGAAAGAAUGCACCAAGGAGUGAAACAAGUCGUCGCAACCGGCUUCGUUGAUAAUCUGUUUCCGCACGAGUCUCUCUUGAACAAUCCCGUGCACGAAUCAAUCACAUUAGAACAAACUGACUUGCAUAACCAGCAAAUCUAUGACAAUGCUGAGCAAAUAACGGCCGUUCACAAAAUCAUCAAUAAAACAUCCAGAAGCGUGCCGUAUGUUGUGUGGGGGCCACCUGGAACAGGUAAAGUAGAGUUUUACGUUUGACUGGUUGAUUUUUGCUCUAACUACGAGCAGAGGGAGGUUUUAACCGCGUAG